AGUUAGGGCAUAGACAGAGGCAGUCUGAGAUGGUAGUUGUUGAGGUGUUGAUGCAUAUUACUAUAUACCAUCUACCUGAUAUUGUGCUUGAGUGCCUAUCGAUAAAGCCCUGGAGUUCUGAAAGUUGGCGGGGUGGACGGAAAACAUUGUUAAGACCGAUAUAACAAAUCUGCAGCAUCUUUGAAGCUUGAUAAUUUUGCUAUUACCGAUUAUCUGUACAAAUCAUCUACGAUCUCUCAAAUCUACCUGGAAAUUUUGGCUCAAAUCGGAACAAUGGCGGCAAAUGCCAAUCCUUUUCUGCUUGCCGCAGACAACAGCCCCGCGCUGUUGCCUCUUCUUCGCGACAAUCCGUCCCUAGCAUCAGGACAGGACGAACAUGGCUAUUCCCUUGUCCACGCCGCCGCCAGCUACAACCACCUUGAUCUCCUGCGAGCAUUGAUUAGAGAAUUCCACGUCGAUGUCAAUCUGCGCGAUGAAGACAACGAGACGGCGCUUUUCGUGGUGGAAACUGUUGAUGCUGCCAAGGUCCUAGUAGAGGAAUUGCGAAUUGACAUAUCGGCGAAAAACACCGAAAACGUUACGGCACGACAAAAGAUCACAGAGGAGGACGAGUUUCCCCAAGUUGCCGAGUAUCUGACGAUAGUCGAAGCUAUUCGAGCGAAUGAACUGCGAAAUGGGGAGGUUAUCAACGGGACAGUCAACGAAGAAAGCACACCGCUGCCGCCUGCUCCUCAUGGCAUGACCGUUACCAUGGGCACUAUGGCACCUGGUGAAGCGGACGGCGCCGAGGUCGACCCAGAAUUCCGGCAGCGCAUCGAGCAACUAGCCCAACGGGACGACUUUCAUACUGAGGCCGGCCAAGCCGAGUUGCGAGCACUAGUCCAAGAUGCGAUAGGAGAUGCCAACCUUGCGGACCGUAAUGUUCGCCCACGGCAGGACUAGUGCAUUUGUGCUGGUUAUUUCGCAACCAUUAUUCGUGGCCGUGGAUAUCCCAGA